AUGCUAGCGCCGUUAGCAUUAGCUAACAGGCUAACCUGUUUGUGAGUGUUAACUUACGACAUACUUUUUGUAUUAUUUCAUUUUCACAAAUUCCUCAGUAUACUCAUGAAGACGUCAGUGGAGAGUUAUUGAGUCUGUUUAUAUGAUUGGAGGGCGAGCUUUCGCAGUUAGUGGGUCCAUAACGAUGACUUCUGUUUUGUUUGAUCAGCUGUUUUACUGCCGCGUUACAGGCAGCGUUCGGAAACAAUUAAGGUACAGAAUCUUACUGUGUAAAUAACUAUUUCACUACGUAUAUAUCUGCGGCUUAUCAUCCGGUGUGGCUAAUAUAUGAAAAAAAAAAUUCUACAAUUUAGUGGAUGUGUUCUAUAGUCCGGAAAAUACAGUAACUAAUACUGGCCAGGAAACAUGCAUCCUUUAAUGCACAAAGGAAGUAAGACCUCAUUCAAAUUAAAUGACUCAGAUGAGUCUCAAGGGGAACUGCAUUUUUUUGGAAUUGUACCUAUUGUUCACAAUCAUGACAAGAAGACCAAAAAGGUUGUUUUUCUUUGCUUUUUUAACGUACAAAAAUCGGCUUUUUCUAACGUACAAAAAUCGGCUUGUUCUAAGUGGCUAGAAAUGCAGCUAAUGGGAGCAAUCAAUUCCAACUCUAAAUCACUUUAAAAAUGCAAUUCAAAAAAAGUCAACAAUACUUCAUUUACGUUCCAUAACCUGUAUGACAAACAAGUGUAGCGACAUUGUUAUUGUAAAAUCGAACAUUGAAGAGCUCUUUUUCUAUCGUAACACAUCGGCGUGCUAGGGUAUUAACCGUAAAAGCUAGCUAAGAUAGGCUAGCUUCUACAACAACAUGAAACGCGUUUGAGUUUGUAAUGCACAACACUGCGAUACAACACCAAUCUGUACCGACUGAAAAAAUAAUCAUAUUACCUAGGGUUCGGUACGGGGGUGUACCGAACGAGUUUCUAAGCUAAAGUCUUAACAAGCUGCUUUGCUUCUUCUGCCUCUGUCUCAACACCCAGCAUUGUCCCACCCACACAACCAUCUGAUUGGUUUACACAAAGCGGUAACAGCCAAUCAGCAGUGCGUAUUCAGAGCGGUAACAGCCAAUCAGCAGUGUGUAUUCAGAGCGCAUGUAGUCAGCGCUUCAGCGUCGAGCAGAUAGGUGUUUAGCAGGUGAGCAUAAGGCAGCUAGGUGUUUAGCAGGUGAGCAUAAGGCAGCUAACUCAAGAUGGCGGCGCAUGGGAAUGCUGCGGCUAUGCUAAUGCUCUUGGGAGUGUCGAGCGAUUUGGCAAAAAACACCCGUCAUUUCUGUCAAUUUCAUGGCUGGCUCAAAGCGUGAACACUCUGUGAUCACAUACGACCGACAGACAAUUCUGGAUGUGGAUGGAUCGGGUCGUUAUAGACUGAAAGAUGCAUGUACGGUGGACCUCCUCGCUAGCAUGGGAAUACUUCGUGGGCUACAUCGAGCGGCCUUUGUAGCAGCGGAGUCAAGUGCUAGCGGUGACCGCCAAUGGAGACGACAUAAGCGGUGCGAGCGGAAGCAGAAGCGGGGAUGCCGAGCUGGGCUAACAACAAAGAGAAAAGCUAACCAAAGAAGCGUGGAGUCUCCGGGUAAGAAGCCAUUUAAACUAGAACUAGCCGGCGUCAGGCUGGAUAAUCCCUGCACACAUAGCAAUUCUCUUAGAAUAAAACACAACUCACAUAAUGUUUUUUCUUUUGUGACCGUGUCGGAGGCAGACAUACAUUGUACUGAGGUAGCUAACUAUGAUGCGUUCAGUUUAUCGCAACAUCAAGCAAACAAUCUGAAUAUCCCCGUCGUAUCAAUUCCUAGAUAUGGUCAAAACUAUUUAAAGUGCAAUACGCAUAAUAAACGCAACAUUAUUAAUAUUGCUACUUCGGAUAAUUUCAACAAACAAUCCUCAAAACAGCCCACUACCUAUAAUAUGGGCUUUUUAAACAUAAGAUCAUUAUCUUCCAAAACGUUAUUAGUUAAUGAAGUCAUUAGAGACAACAAACUUGACGUCGUUGGUCUCGCCGAGACCUGGCUCAAACCAGACGAUUUUUUUGCGCUAAAUGAGGCAUCUCCUCCUAACUAUACCAAUACACAUGUUGCCCGACCUCUUAAAAGGGGAGGAGGUGUCGCACUAAUAUACAAUGAAAACUAUAAUCUUACACCUAACCUAAAUAAUAAAUAUAACUCGUUUGAGGUGCUCACUUUGAGGUUUGUCACACCGCUGCCUCUCCACCUGGCUGUUAUCUACCGCCCCCCUGGGCCCUAUUCGGACUUCAUCAGUGAAUUCUCAGAGUUUGUUGCUGAUCUAGUUACGCACGCCGACAAUAUAAUCAUAAUGGGGGACUUUAAUAUCCAUAUGAAUACCCCAUCGGACCCCCCCAUGCGUGGCGCUCCAGACUAUAAUUGA